AUGGGCUCCGAACAACCAUCCAACCCCUUAUGGACCACGCAGUCUGUGCUGUCCACCCUACCUCAUCCUCCCGAGGAGAACUCCGCCUCCCCCGUACCAUUCUUCCACCUCCUGGAACGACUCAAAACCACCAAGCGGGAGGGCUGGCGCCGGUUCAGCAUCACAGCGGGAGAGUCCAUUUCAGACCACAUGUAUCGCAUGUCGGUGAUGACAAUGUUUGCGCCUCCAUCCCUCGCCGGAAGACUCAACCUGCCGCAUUGCAUGAAGAUGGCUCUCAUCCACGACAUGGCGGAGUCAUUGGUGGGCGAUAUAACCCCCGUAGACAACGUGGACAAGCCCGAGAAGGCUCGUCGCGAAGCGGACGUGAUGGAUUACAUCACCAAGAAUCUGCUGGGAGGUGUGCCCGGGGGUAUACUGACAGGCCAGGAAAUCCUGAAAGUGUUCCAGGAGUAUGAGGACAACGAAACACUCGAGGCCCAAUUCGUUCACGAUAUCGACAAGAUGGAACUCCUCUUGCAGAUGAUCGAAUAUGAGCGGGCUCACGAGCUUGAUCUAUCAGAAUUCUGCCACGUGGCGGGGCGUGUCCAGUUGCCGGAGAUUAAGGAGUGGGCGGCCACGGUGCUCCAGGAACGGGAGGCUCUCUGGAAGAACAAGACCGCUAAGGAAUUAAAAUCAUAA